AUGGACGAAAUGGAAGUCGAUGAUCAACAAAAGUCGCCAAUUCAGGGCACGAAAGCUAGCGGAGAGACUGAUGUUGGUUUCUUAGCUGAAGCGAAUCUCCCGAAAGGAAAAGCCAAGGAAGACGAACGGUAAGAGCAAUUUCUUUAGUAUUUCUCUGUUAUUUAGGUGGAAUGGGUUCUUUGCUAUGGACUUACCUGGCUAAUCGAAAAGACUAUGUUAUUCUUGAGAUAAACUAUUUCUGCUUUUUAGUUUCCGUUACGGUAAUUACAACCAGUAUUAUGGUACUCGUCUGGAUGGGAAAUUCGUCAAAGAUCCGCGACUGGAUUUGAUGAAGGAUGAAUGGUUUGCCAAGAAAGCAGUUUUGGAUAUUGGUUGCAAUGCUGGGAUGAUUACCUUGUACAUUGCGAAACACAUGAAUCCACGGAGGAUUGUGGGCUUGGAUAUUGAUCCAAACUUGGUGGGCAUUGCGAGGAAGAACAUCCGACAUUACUGUGAUAAAGAUGUUAAAGUAAGUGAGAGUUUGUGGUUUAGAUAGCGGUCAUACAUAAUAUUUUUGGGCAAAUAAUGUAAUUUACUGGCCUUGCUGUGGGAUUUCUUGUUUGGUAGUUCUAAAUGGGGUGAUAAGAAUGUUGCUAGAUCGAAAUUUUUUUAUUUUUUAUUGCUUUGCAGCCUCUAAAAACCAUUUAUUUUCAGCUAGCCGGUAAAAUGCCAGCACCCAAACAUUUCGAAGAAGACGAGGUUCCCACCUUUCCCCACAAUGUCUGGUUCAUCUGUACGAGUUAUGUGUUCCCAGAUGAAGAGAUGUUGGACAUGGUAAUUCCGGAAUACAAUACAAUCUUGGCUUUGUCGAUCACCAAAUGGAUUCAUCUGAAUUGGGGAGAUUCUGGGUUAAAAUUAUUCUUCAAAAGGGCGUAUAAGAACUUGAAGUCUGGCGGUUGGUUCAUUCUGGAGCCUCAGGACAUCAGAACCUAUGGAAAAUCGUGUAGAAAGAUUGUGAGUUUUUUUAAGGGAAAAUUGAAAUCUUUUGAGAAAAUUUUGAGGUUUCGGUGAAAUUUUUGGUUUCUGAGUUACACAGUGCUGUUGAUUGCCAAUAAAAAUAAUAAUUUUUUAUUUUCAGCCCUCCAUGAAGUCCGUUUACAAGUCCAUUGAGCUCACACCAGACAAAUUCUCGGAUUAUCUCAUAAAUGAAGUCGGCUUCGUCGAAUGUCUUGACCUCGGAAUCCCCAAAGCCAAAAGCAAAGGAUUCCAACGCCCAAUCCUCGCAUUCAGGAAGAAAUGA